UCUUGUGGCGACGGGCCCCCCGUUGCGGCGGCGCUUACUGAACCAAAACGCUUCGCUUCUUCGCUUCGUGCUGAUGACGGACACGUCAACGACGAUGACUGACAUUCGAGACGACAACUUUGAUCGCAUUAGUGAAUCGUGAAAAAUCAUUUCUAAACUAAAUUCCAUAAUUCUAUCAAUUUGUACUUAAAAGUAAUUUGCCUAGACUAGUGAACUUUCUGAAUUAUUGCUAAUUGCUUAUCCUACAAAAGUACAACAUAAAAAUAUACACACGAAAUCUGUCGACUCAUCAUUCCAUAACACUAUCGGUUUACCAAAAUUCUUAAAGCUAACAGCAUAACAACAACUGCGUUUGCUAUUGAGAGUUGGAGGACCGUCACGAUCACCCGAACAUUUCUUUAAGAAUUUUGUCGGAGAAUGUUGUACCGGAGUGACGAUAUGAUGAAAGAUCGACAUGAACCCACACUCCACAGUUGCCAAUCGUGUAAUCGACCAGAUGCCGCGGAAACGGACAUGGUGGAAUGUAGUAUGUGCAAGCUGUGGGAGCAUUUUGGCUGCGCGGGCGUCGAUGAAACGAUUAAACAACCGGAUCGCCGGUAUAAUUGCCAGGUAUGUCGUAGAAAGAUGGGAGCUGUCAGUAAGCAAUUACCGCUCCCCGCGGAAGAUCGCCCUAUUCGAAGCACUCGGGCCAGUUCGAAGAGAACCCAGGCAGCAAGUGUGACGUCGAGUGUACGUGCAGCAAUGAUGGAGGCUCAACUGAAAAUUGCGGAAGAGGAGCUGCAGCGACGGGAACUGGAUUUGUUGGAACAAGCCGAGAUCAAGAAGAGGGAACUGGAAGAAUCGGAGCGCCAGUUGGAGGAAAAGAAAAAAAUAGCCGAAGAAGAAAGAAGCCUACGUGAAAGGAAGUUGAAGGAGGAAAAAGGGCUCAAAGCUAUGCAGUCUCAGUUAAGGAAGGAAUCCAUGGAGCAACGGCAGGAAAUCAUUCGCCAGGCGGCGUUAAGCAGCAGCAGAAGUGAAUCUGUUGCGGACUCCAUCCAAAAGGUAUCGGAAUGGUUAGAAGAGCAUUCGGGUGCUGGAAGAUUAGAAGGAAAUCAAAUGGGAGAAAAUUGCAGUAACAAUAUCGUCGAUCCCCCCUCUAAGAAGGUUCCUGCUGACCCAGUACAACGAGCUGUUGAGCGUCAUUCAUCAGUUCGUGGCAUUUCACCUCGACGACCGGAAUCUAUACCCCGUCGGCCAGUGAUCCAUUCAACUCCGCUGCAGCCUGAUGAACAUCCAGUUCUGCGCCAUCUGGACCAUAGCCGAAGGUUCCUCAAUCCUAACGAUCAACGGUCCGAGCGCGCGAACAUGAGUGAUUCCGAACAUGCGGUUCAAGAACCUGUAACCCUCACCAAACAUCACAUCGCGGCGCGACAGGUUCUGGGCAAGGAACUGCCGAUGUUUAGUGGCGACCCUGAAGACUGGCCCAUUUUCAUCAGUAGCUUUCAGCAAUCAACGAUCGCUUGUGGUUACACAGAGGCAGAAAACCUCAUCCGAUUGCAGAGAUGUCUACGUGGCCGAGCUCUAGAAACUGUCAAGAGUCGUCUACUUUUACCUGCAGGGGUGCCCCACGUCAUACGGACUUUACGCACACUCUAUGGAAGACCAGAAUUGCUGAUCCACUCGCUCCUUGACAAGAUUCAUCAAGCGUCGGCACCUAGACAAGAUCGACUCGAUACCCUAAUCGAUUUUGGUAUUUCGGUGCAGAACCUUGUGGACCAUCUCGUGGCAGCCGACCAACGGGACCACCUAUCGAAUCCGGUUUUAAUGCGGGAACUAGUGGAAAAGUUGCCGGGUUCGAUCCGCCUGGAUUGGGCUGCGUAUAAGUCUCGUUUUCAGACGGUAAAUCUGGAAACAUUCGGAAAUUUCAUGUCCAACCUGGUCACCGCAGCGAGUGAAGUUACCUACGAUCUCCCGGGUGGCAACAGCUCGUACAGAAUGGAAAAGCGGAAACAAAAGGAAUCGGGGUCAUUCCAUACGCAUACCCCCGGUGUAUGCAAUUCUUCUUCCAUUUCACCACAUAAACCAGGUAAGCCUUGCACAUCUUGCGGACGAGAUGGCCAUCGUGUAGCAGACUGUCCACAGUUCAAGUUGGCCGACAUGGAUGAUCGGUGGAAGCUUGUUAACGAGAAAGGACUGUGUCGAACAUGCCUCAACAAUCAUGGGAAAUGGCCAUGUAGGUCAUGGCGAGGCUGUGAGAUUGAAGGAUGUCGCCAGAAGCACCACACGCUUCUCCACACUUCUUCGGCUUCGGACAAUGUUAAUGUGUCAGCAAGUCAUGUAUCAUCUGGUGAGUUUUCUUGGCCGCUUUUUCGAAUUCUACCGGUAGUUCUCUUCGGGAACCGAGGUUCCCAGGUAGUGUUCGCAUUCAUCGACGAAGGUUCCUCGUAUACCCUCAUGGAAGAUUCUAUCGCCGACAAGAUUGGCGUGUCGGGACCCAAGGAAGCACUCACCCUUCAUUGGACAGGGGACGUUAAACGUACCGAACACCAAUCGAGGAUCGUUCAAGCGGAGAUUAGCGGGAAAAGGGGUUCUUCCAAGUACAAACUGGUACACGCCCGGAUAGUUAGUAGUUUAAUGCUUCCCUGUCAAACUCUUAAAUACUGUGAACUCGCCCGAAGAUUUCCACAUCUACGCGGCCUUCCGGUGGAGGAUUACGAGCUAGUUCAACCAAAGCUUCUGAUUGGGCUGGACAAUCUCAGAUUAGGCAUUCCUCUGAAACUCCGCGAAGGGGGGCAAAACGAACCAGUUGGCGCCAAAUGUCGCUUGGGAUGGACUAUCUAUGGCUGUGUUCCCGAUCAAACAACUCUUCGAGGUAUCGUCAAUUUCCAUGCUGCUGCGGCGCCCACCCACGAAGACGAAAUGAACGAGCAACUGCGUGACUACUUCGCGCUGGAGAAUACUGGAGUUACGGCUUCAAACUACAAGCUAGAAUCCGAAGACGACAAACGUGCGAAUCGAAUCUUGACAGAAACUACAAAGCGGACAGAAGACGGGAUCCGGUUUGAAACUGGGCUGUUAUGGAAGGUGGACAACCCAGACUUCCCCGACAGCUAUCCAAUGGCGGUCCGACGAUUGGAAUCUCUGGAAAGAAGAUUGCAGAAAAAUCCACUUUUGGCCGAAAAAGUGAAACAUCAGAUUGCAGACUACGAGCGCAAAGGCUAUGCGCACAAGGCAACUCUCGUUGAGCUGACUUCGGUGGACACAAGCCGCAUCUGGUAUUUGCCCUUAGGAGUGGUAACCAGCCCCAAAAAACCCGAAAAGGUCCGGCUGAUCUGGGAUGCGGCUGCAAAGGUGGGCGAGACGCACGGCGAGACGUCAUUCAACUCCAAACUUUUAACUGGACCCGAUCUGCUAACUCCACUGCCGAAGGUCCUGUGCCAGUUCCGCCAGUUUCCAGUUGCCGUCAGCGGAGAUCUGAUGGAAAUGUUUCACCAGAUAAGAAUUCGGUUUCCCGAUUGCCAGUCACAAAGGUUUGUAUUCCGCAAUAGCCCCAGUGAUUAUCCACAAGUUUACGUCAUGGACGUGGCCACGUUCGGGUCGUCUUGCUCUCCUGCUUCGGCCCAAUACGUGAAGAACCAGAACGCACAUGAUUUCUCGAAGGAGUUUCCCCGUGCUGCCGAAGCUAUAAUCAAAAAGCACUACGUGGACGACUAUUUGGACAGUUUUAGGACCAUCGAAGAGGCGAUAGAUGUAGUGAAUGAGGUGAAGAUGGUGCAUUCGAAAGGCGGUUUCACUCUGCGACACUUCCUGUCUAACAAGUCGGAGGUUUUACGUGGUAUCGAAGAGAUCGCGCAAGAAGAGUGCAAGGAUUUAUCGCUGGAACGAGGAGAGCACUCCGAAUCGGUUCUGGGGAUGAAGUGGCUUCCAAUCGAAGACGUAUUCACCUAUUCCGUAGUGAUGCGAGAGGAUAUUCGGCAUAUUCUGGAACCACGUCAUAUCCCUACAAAACGCGAAGUUGUCAAAGUCGUCAUGACGCUGUUCGAUCCUUUGGGACUGAUCUCAUUCUUUCUCGUCCACGGAAAAAUCCUUAUUCAGGAUAUCUGGGCAAGAGGAACGGACUGGGAUGCGGUGAUUCCAGAGGAUUUGUAUAAUAGAUGGCAGCAAUGGACGACUCUACUCCCGAAACUUGAGCAAUUGCGGAUUCCUAGAUGUUAUUUCGAAUCCGGAAUUCCAGAAAACUCUAACCAUCUGCAAAUACAUGUCUUCUGUGACUCCAGCGAAGAAGCUUUCUCCUGUGCGGCAUACUUACGGUUGGAAGUCAACAGUGUGGCACAAGUGGUACUCAUCGGUUCAAAGACGAAGGUAGCCCCACUGAAAACCAUUUCUAUCCCUCGACUCGAACUGAAAGCCGCAGUCCUUGGCACUCGCCUGUUGGAAACUCUUCAAUCCUACCAUAGCCUACCGAUCUCCAAGAGAUUCCUUUGGAGCGACUCGAGUACCGUACUCUCCUGGAUUCGCUCCGACCAUCGCAGAUACAACAAAUUCGUUGCCGUCCGCAUUGGUGAAAUCCUAACGGUAACUAAUCCCACAGAGUGGAGGUGGAUACCGACUAAAUUGAACGUUGCGGACCAAGCAACAAAGUGGAGCAAUGGCCCCCAGCUUUCAAUGGAGAACCCCUGGUUUCAAGGACCAAACUUCUUGCUUGAACCCGAAGAUUCGUGGCCAAUACAGCGUCAAGCUAACCCGACGAAGGAAGAGCUCCGCUCGACUAUAGUACUGUGCCAUCUCACGUCUCAGGUAGACCUUCCGAUCGAAAUUCAUCGGUUCAACUCGUGGUCGAAGCUUCAGCGAUCUGUGGCGUUUGUGUUUCGCUAUGUGAACAAUUGCCGCCGAAAAAGGAAACGGGAAAGUCUGCAGCUGGGAGUACUCACCCAAGUCGAACUGGAACAAGCUGAGGAACUUCUAUGGAGAAUUGCGCAGAAGCAGGCCUUCCCGGAAGAAUUAUCCAUUCUUGGACGGUCGCAAGGGAAGCCUGAGGAUCGCCAUCAUACCGUUCAGAAAUCAAGCUGCAUCUACAAACUGUGGCCGUUCAUGGAUCAUCGUGGAAUCUUGAGGAUGCGUGGCAGGAUUAGUGCAGCUCCCUACAUAUCGUAUAAAACCAAAUUUCCAGUAGUCUUGCCCAAAAAUCAUCAAAUAACAUUUCUCGUGGUGGACUGGUACCAUCGUCGAUACCGUCAUGCCAAUCGCGAGACAGUCGUCAAUGAGAUUCGGCAAAUGUUUGAAAUUCCGAAGUUGAGAUCGCUGGUUCAAAAGAUUACUAAAAAUUGUAUACGGUGUCGUGUUGUCAAAGCCGCUCCACGACCUCCCGCCAUGGCCUCAUUGCCUGAAUUUCGACUCACUCCGUUCAUCAGGGCGUUCACGUUUGUCGGCCUUGAUUAUUUCGGACCAGUUUUCGUAAGGGCUGGCAGAAGCCUAGUUAAAAGGUGGGUUGCCGUUUUUACUUGCCUUACUAUUAGGGCAGUACACUUGGAAGUGGUGCACUCUCUUAGCACGGAGUCGUGUAUUAUGGCCGUACGCCGUUUCGUAUCUCGAAGAGGCCCUCCGAGAGAAUUCUACACGGACAACGGUACAUGCUUCCAGGGUGCGAGCCGGGAACUAAAGGAAGAAAUGGAACGUAGAAACGAAGCCCUGGCAUUGACCUUCACAAGUGCGGAGACCAGCUGGAAAUUCAUACCACCUGCAGCACCACAUAUGGGUGGUGUUUGGGAACGACUUGUUCGAUCGGUGAAAGUGGCGACGGGGGCAAUUUUGGAUGCAGCACGUAAGCCGGACGAUGAGACGCUGGAAACUGUUCUACUAGAAGCAGAAGCGAUGAUCAACUGCAGGCCGCUAACGUUCAUACCACUGGAGUCGGCUGAUCAAGAGGCUCUGACGCCAAACCACUUUUUGUUGGGAAGUUCCUCUGGGGUCAAGAUACUACCUACAGCCCCGGUAGAUGGUCGAUCGGUACUUAGAAGCAGCUGGAAGUUGGCGCAGUUCAUCACGGAAGAAUUCUGGAGACGAUGGAUAAAAGAAUAUCUACCAGUGAUUAGACGAAGGUGCAAAUGGUUCGAGGAGACGAAGGAUCUUGCUGUUGGUGAUCUCGUGAUGGUGGUCGACUGCUCAACAAGAAACCGUUGGUUACGGGGCCGUGUACAACAAGUGUUCCCGGGUAAGGACGGAAGAGUACGCCAAGCUUUGGUACGCACAGCAACGGGAGUUCUUCGAAGACCAGCGGUCAAACUAGCUAUAUUGGACGUCGCGAAUUCUUGUAAACCAGACCUGAUGUGUUCCGAAAGUCCAACAGAUCACCAAGGUUUACGGGCGGGGGUAUGUGGCGACGGACCCCCCGUUGCGGCGGCGCUUACUGAACCAAAACGCUUCGCUUCUUCGCUUCGUGCUGAUGACGGACACGUCAACGACGAUGACUGA